AUGACAAGAUUUGCAGUAGUUUUUUACACUCUUGCAAAAACCCGGCCAUGUGCAGACAUAUUUUGUGGAGUGUACAGAUGCCAUGGGUCUGAUGCUUAUUGCUGUCAUCUGAGUGAUGGUGAGAUCGGCUGCUGCUGGCAGACCUAUGUGUAUGAGCUGUGGUGGUUUUGGGUGAUUUGGGUCAUUGUCUUCUUCUUAAUCCUGGCCUGUGCCUUGGCGUGCUGGCGACGAAGAAGGGCCGAGUACAGAUAUGUGGUCAUGUCCAACUCUGAAUACCCAGGAUACGGGACAGUUGUGCACACUGGUGCUGUCAGUACGACCUAUAACCCUCAACCGGGUUAUAAUGCACCAUAUGCACCCGCUGCAGCAGUGUAUCCCAAUGCUCCAGUGGCGCCUCCUAGUUACGAGACAGCACAGGCAACGGUAAGGAACAUGGUGGUGCCCCAAUAUUUUUACACUGAAUGA